AUGCUCACCCCACCUCCAGAAGAAAAUACAGCAAUCCCUCCAUCCUCCGACCCCAAUAAUGGCAGUCCAUCUUUCAACCUUGUCAGCACCUACAAGAACAUUCUCUCCACCGACCUUCUCAUCACAAAACCUAUCGCCGCUAUCGAAUCCUUAAUAUCCCUUCUUUCCGCAUCACCGCCCUCGACAAUCUCUGAAACCCUCUCCCUCCUAGAAUCUGCUACCUCUGAGCUAAAAGAUUCGGUUCCAAAUUCCAUCGCCCUCUCCGCUGGCACCGAUCUGUUUCAACGAUAUCUGAUAUCCACCUUACAGCAAGGGUCUGCCCAGUCUGCGAAGAGCAAGGGUAAGAGGAGUUCAUCAGGAGGUGAUGGAGACUUCAGGGCAAUAAGAGCGCAUCUACUGGCAAACGGCCGGUUGUUUGCACAGAGAGCAAACGAAUCAAGGGGUCAGAUUGCAAAAGUUGCACGGAAGUUCGUGCGGGAUGGGUGUACGGUGCUUACGUGUGGGAGGAGCAGAGUCGUGGCUGCGGUUUUGGGUGCGGCUGCGGAAGAUGGAGCGAAGUUUAGGGUCGUCUAUGCACAGGACUCUAACGAUGGGCUAUCUAAGAAUUCCGCGGACAUUGUUACGGAAUUGUGGAGAAAAGACAUACCCGUUGCUACGAUAACAUUUGCCGCGCUGGCCGCUUCGCUACCGUAUGUCACAUUUGCGCUUGUUGGGGCUGAGAGCGUGGUAGAGAAUGGAGGGAUCGUCUCUGGCAUGGGGACCAAUCAGAUGGGGCUAUUAGCCAAGAGUGUUGGGAAGCCAUUUUAUGUGGUUGCUGAAAGCCACAAAUUCGUCAGGGUUCACCCCUUGAGUGGAGAUGAUCUGCCGCUUGGACAGAAGGUGCUUGACUUCUCGACCCAGAGCAGAGAGGAAGAGAAGGAGCAUGAGGAGGGAAAGAGGAAAGCUGGAGAUGAGGUGGUGGACUUCACACCGCCUAAUUUGAUCACAGCUAUAGUGACGGAGAGUGGCGUGCAGACUCCGAGUGCUGUGAGUGAGGAGUUGAUCAAGAUAUGGUUCUGA